GCGCUUUCUUUCCUGGGCCUCCGACGAAGCUGAAGGACACUUGGUAGCGAAUAUCGUGAAAGACCACCAUGUGGGAAUUGAUUGGAAAACUUUGCGCUGGUUACAUUGUUGCAAAGCUCCUUUUCCUUCUUUGGAGAUUCAUCAGAUCGUAUUUUCUGCCACGAUUAGGUCUGAAAAUAAACAUCAAGUCCUACGGAGAAUGGGCCGUCGUAACAGGUGCCACAGAUGGAAUAGGCAAAGCAUAUGCAAUGGAGCUUGCAAGGCUAGGUGUAAAAACGGUGCUGAUUAGUAGAUCUCAAGACAAGUUGGAUAAAGUUGCUUCAGAAAUAAAGGAAGCCUGUGGCACAGAGACAAAGACAGUUGCUUAUGAUUUUGGAAACCCAAAAGGGUAUGAAGUAAUUCAAGAGGCACUUUCUGGACUUCAAAUAGGAGUUCUUGUUAAUAAUGUUGGAAUGUCAUACGAGCAUCCAGAAUAUUUCGCUGAGGUAUCCGCUGAUACUGUUGAGAAAAUGGUCUAUGUUAAUAUUCUGUCGGCAGUCAAGAUGACACAUUUUGUUCUCAAGGGCAUGGUUGAAAGGAAGAAAGGAAUUGUGAUAAUGGUUUCUUCUGCGUCAGCCAAUGUUCCGAUUCCAUUGCUCUCUGAGUAUUCAUCCAGUAAGGCAUUUAUGGACUUCUUUGGUCGUGCAUUGCAGACUGAGUAUCGCUGUAAAGGUAUUAUCUGCCAGAGUCUUUGUCCUUUCUUUGUUGCAACGAAAUUGGCAGCCAUGAAGCCUAGUCUGUUUGUACCCGAGCCAACUGCUUAUGUUAAAGCCGCACUUGGUACACUUGGGAAUGCUGAUCGGAGCCAUGGUUACUUCUUCCAUGAGAUACAGGCUUCAGUUGCCGGUCUUUUGCCUUACUUCGUUACCCAGAUAAAUGCUUUAAGCAUGAUGAUCAAAAUUCGCGCCAGAGCCUUGAGAAAAAAGAGCAAAGAAAACUGAAAGCGCUAUUGUUGCCUGGACAUAACUUGUUUUUUCAUUUUGUCUGUAGAUCUUAUCAGAUGAAGAUAUUAUGAUUAAAAUUUACAGUUGCCUUAAUUUCUUUGCAACUGGUCGACCUUGAUUUGAUGUCAGUAGCAAAACAUUGCAGAUUGCAUAGUUUUCUUCAGGUUGAGA